AGAAUCACUAAAUCAAGUCUAAGGAAUAAGGAUAUGGGGUAGUAGUACUACUACUACUCUCACCAUCUCCACUUAUCAUUACAUAUAUUUUUUUUUUCAAACUUCAUAUCAUAUCCUCCUCCUAGUUACUUGUCUUUUCUUUUACCUUCUUCAAACCAUUAUUUGCUUUACAACACAUGCAUGGUUAUGGCUUCAAGAUUUUGAUUUUGUAUUGAUUUUUCCAUGUGGGCUUGAAAAAAGAUUGAAUCUUUUUUGUGGGGCUGUAUUUUCAAGACCAAUGCUUUGGUUUUAAAGCAAAAAAAGAAAAGCUAUAAGAUGGGAAAGAAGAAGAUAGCAAAGAAAACAAAAGAAUUAUCAGUUGCAAUAGCAGAAUCAUCUUCAGUAAGUGGAGAACAAAUUACACCAAGAAAAAGAGGUAGGCCAAGAAAGAUUGUGGAGAUAAUAACAACUGAACAAGUCAAAGAAGAAAAUCAACAAAAUUUAGAAGAACCUGAGUCAAAGAAACCAAAGUCAAAUGAAGAUGUUGUCAAAGCAGAAGCAACAACUUCUACUGCUACUACUACUACUACUACAACUACUCAAGAUCAGCCAAGAAGAAGUAGAAGAAAAAGCAUGCCUAGGAAGAGCUAUUGAUUGUCUACUAGGUAACCUUUUUUUGUUGUUGUAAUAUUACAAAUUUAAUUUGUUUGAUUGAAAAAUUAUUGUUUCUUGAUUCAUUAGAUUAGAUUAGGUCAAGUAAAUGUUUAAUGAAAACUAAUUAAUUUGGUUUGAUUUUUGAA